AUGCAGGCUCUGGUGAUAGAUUUUGAGGCGGUAAAUGAGCCAUCUACUUCAUACACUCCUCAAUGUGACACCUAUAAUUCGAAUUGGGUCCCAAUACAUCACAAAGAAGCGCAGUUUAACUCUGAAAGAAAUGGCGCCAUAAAUUUUGCGGGAAAUGAACACGAUGCAAGAAUGGGAAUGAUGCCGAUCGUCGUUUGUGAGAGACGCGUUCAUUGUAUGAUUUGCGAUCUGGAGAUCGACGACGUGCAAGCUAUCCCCGGAAAUGAAAGCCUUCACCUUCCCACUUGCAGCAUUGGGAAGGAAUUCAAAUGUGAAGUAUGUAGCGAGGAGUUUAACAAAGCAGUGAACCUUCGGGUGCAUACUUGUGUGGUCCACGAAGCCGAGAGCCAAGGAACGAGCGAAGGAUUUAUGCGCCGGAAGGCGUUACUCGGGCAUUUGCAGACGCAUUAUGUUAGCGAUUUGUUUUGCUGUACGAAGUGCAGGGCUUUAUUUCAUUAUAAGUUCGAAUUGACACGACAUCUUCGGUGGAGCCCUUGUUCCACUCAAUUGUCGAAUGAUUACGAUAAGCUAGUAUUUUGCCCAGAAUGCUCUACGACGAUCUCUUUCGACCAAAUGGCUCUACACAAGAGGCAGCACGUUCUUCUCAAGCGAAUGUCGAAAAAGUCUUCAUUUGUUAUUCCGCUGCCCACCGAUGUGCUAAACGGCCGAUCCCAUGUUUGCGAGGUUUGCGAAAAGCGGUUCAAAAGGCCUGCCGAGCUGAAGCGUCACUUGGCGACGCAUUCAGGCAUUCGCGCAUUCCGCUGCGACCAGUGCGAUCGUAGCUACGCGCACGAGCGGGGGCUACUGACGCACGUCGAGCGUGACCACGAGAUGCGACGGUACGCGUGCCCGAUAUGCCGGGCGCCAUUCAAAAGCAUCCAAAGUAUGGAGCGCCAUGCGCAAGCGGUCCAUCGCAUCGGGCAAAGCGAGGACGCGCAUUAUGCUUGCCCGCAAUGUACAUGUAAAUUUAACAACAUCGGUGCCCUGUCUGUGCACCUGAAGCAUCAACACGAAUCCGUUCUUCCCGACCACAUGCGUAGGGCCUACGUGUGCCCAUUUUGCGAGAAGAUGUUUGUGAAAAAUAGGGACUGUUUGGCCCACAUCCGUUCUCACACCAUGGAGAAGCAGAAUCGGUGUAAGCGAUGCGGGAAGAAGUUUUUGUCGAGAAACGGGUUGAAGACGCAUAUGGAGAUUCAUUUGAGGCAGGAUAUGGUGGACCCGACGCUUGCCAUGCAUCGUUGUACGGAUUGUUUUAAGCUGCUGAUGCUCUACGUCGUCAUAAAGCCAUUCACCAGCUUUAUCAAUGUCGGAGAUGCGGGGCCCGACUUCCAUCAUCGGUGCGUUUGCGACACCACGAAGCGGCAUGUCAGGCAGAAGGCGAAAGUGGGUCUAUCUGGAGAAUUAUACUUACUUAAUAAAAACACCUCUAGCGGUUCUUUGAUGCAGCUCGGCGAGACGGCUAGCCAGCGCCACGAUUCGCCGGUCAGGACGUCGACCUCGAGACCGGCUUCCGUUGCAGGCCUUCCGGUUCAUGGACGUGCGCAACAGCCUUGUAUGUACAGUUGCCGUAUCUGCUCGCUGACCUUCCCGAAUUUCUCGACUUGGCGCGUCCAUACCCGCGCCCAUUCUGGCCGCCCGCUACGCUCACAUAUUUGUUGGCUAUGCCACAAGGCGUUUUCCAGUUUUCAACAGUUGACGCGCCACAAACAGGUGCACGAGCGGGAAAGGCCGAUGAAUUGCGUCGUCUGCCAGCGUAGCUUUAGGAAUAGAAAUCGUUGGCUGGUGCACAUGGCCGAGUGCCAUCCGGACGUGCGCACGACGGAAACGUUGCCGCACGAUCGGACGGGUGCGGCUUCUGCCCAACACCAUCAGCACCCGCCAGCCCAGGGAGAUGCUCAACCAACGCGGGCGCAAUCGGCGAAUAUGUUCGCACCUCAGGGCGACUACUAUCAUGAUCUACUGGCCGGUCCAGCCGACGGGAUGUACAUGAUCAAUGCGCUCGAUUUCGGGCAUAACGUGCCGGCACCAGACUUGUCGAUGGGCUUUGAACCCGGCCCGCCGGUGCACCAAAUGCCGGCCUAUGUGAUGCCCGCACAACCGGUACCCGAGCCUCCACUUCCGGUGCCUUCUACGACGAGCGCGGCUACAAGCUUGACGCCACGGUGCCCCGUCUGCAGUCAUCUCUACGACACGAUGGCGCAUCUCGUGCAGCAUUGCGAACAGUACGUU